AUGACGGGCGGGCCCCAUAACGGGCUCAGCGACAAGGACUGGCGCUACCUAACGUGCCUGGCCGAGUACAUGGCGGGCAACGACGCCGACUGGGCGCUGUGGGCAGUCCAGGGCUCCUACUACGUGCGCGACAAGACGGUCGACCACAACGAGACAUGGGGCGCCCUCGACUACGAGUGGCGCGACUGGCGGAACCCAAAAUUCAAGGCCAUGCUGGGCACUAUGGUCAACGUGACGCAGGGGCCGUAG